CGGCUUCAUGACAGUAGAAACAGGAAGUCAGGAAGAGGAAAAAUCUCGCAGACUGGAAAAGUUAGAAUAUAUUUUUAUGAAAGAUGAGCCGAAUCUAUCACAAUACGUCUUUACUAAACAAACCAGUACACAAUGACACAUUUGACCGUGUCUGGUCUCCCUCUGCGUAUGAAAGUGGUCAGGGAGUUCUUCUAGAAGGAAAGCUUCUAGAUCUCUCCAGACAUGCAGUCACUGAUGUCAACAAUCAGAAGGUCCGUUUCUAUGUCCUGUACAUCAAACCCGGCCGCAUCCAUCAGAGGAAGUUUGAUGCCAGUGGGAAGGAAAUUGAGCCAAACUUCAGUGACACCGGAAAGGUCAACACUGGCUUUCUCAUGUCCUCCUACAAGGUAGAAGCUAAAGGGGAGUCAGACAGUCUGUCUGAGCAGCAGCUGUCAGGAAUGAUGAACAAAGCUGAGCUGGUGAAGAUAACUGACAAGCACAGACCCAGCGGGACCUGGGCCUUCUGGUACCCAGAGUCAGAGAUGGACAACAUAGAGCUGGAGACUGGACAGGACGUACGGCUGAAGACCAGAGGAAACAGUCCUUUCAUAUUCUCCUUAGCUAAAGUGGACGGUGGCACAGUGACUAAGUGUAACUUUGCUGGAGAUGGAAAGGUCGGAGCGUCAUGGACAGACAAGAUUAUGGCCAACAAAGCAGAAGCAGGCGGCCCACAGAAGCCCAAGGCGGAAGGAGAGGCGGCAGAGGAGGAUGAAUGGGAUGAUUGAAGAAACAUUCUUUACUAUCAGCUUGGCAUCAUUACAGCUUCCAGGUUGGACCACUUCUACUUGGCUUGAAGUCUGCCCUAUUCGAACCUUUUACGUAAUGGCCUUGGGACUGGAAACGUUGCGUCACUUCUACAGUACGAGACUGGACCCUUCAAGCUCCUUAGAGUGAAUCUGGCUAUGAACUUUUAAACUGCACUUUUUGUAUACUUUGGAUAUAAUCUUUCUAAAUGUACACGAGUGGGACGCUAGCUCUUGCACUUUCAUUCUUACUUGGCUUUUUUCUGCUUGUACUGCAAUAAAGAGAAUAGGUUACAUAAGGCCCCAUUGAGACAGGAAUUAAUUCUCUAUGGGACGUUGGCUGAUUUUAAUAUAUCAUCCACUGAUCAGUGAUUUAUGUUCAUCUGGAGUACAUAUAUGCGAUCUUUCUUCCCAUACCCUGGUACUAAUUACAGUCCCCAAAUAUCCAGUGCUUUGUAGUGUACUCAUUGUAUCUCUAAGGGAUUGUACUCAAAGAGCGUUGCCUCUGUUCUGUGUAACAGCUGAAGGAAGAGGGUAAAGGCGAGUUUUUUUUAAGUCUGUCUUAAUUGGUACUAAUGUGCUCAUAUGUAUGUGGAAAUAGAAAUGAUAACUCAAAUAUUAAUGUUAUUAUCAAUCUCCUCCUGACAUUUUAAUCCAGUCUGAAGGGGGCUAUGGAAUCAUGAGUGUUACAGUUAUCUUGUAUUUGUCUUACCACCUCUGGGACUUUAGGAAGUUUAAUGGUGCAACUUCUGAUUUGGUGUCACUAUCUAUAGAAUCCUAAUCUAAAGUCCUUAUUUCUCUCUCCACAAUGUUCCCUG